AUGCUUUUGGCAUUGGCGGCAUUGUUUUGGACCGUCAUUGGCUGUUGGGUGGCCUUCCAUGCAGCGCUCUUCUUGUAUCACUUGUUUAUCAACCCAUUGAGACAUUUCCCUGGCCCCAAACGCGACGCUCUUUCCCAGCUAAUUGGGUCAUACCACCUGGUUAAAGGUGACUCGUGUAAAUAUAUUGCCAAACUGCAUGAGAAAUACGGUGAUGCCGUUCGUACCGCUUCAAAUGAGAUCUCAUUCACAACCCCGACGGCAUGGCAGGAAAUAUACGGCGUGAAGACCGACUGGGACGAUACGUAUGAGAAAAAUCCCAUUCUCUACGUCCUUGGUCCCCAACCGGUAUCGAAUAUUUUCUUCUGUCCGGGCAAAGAGCAUGCCCGAAUCCGCAGGCACAUCAUGCCGGCUUUUUCGGGUCGUGCACUGCAUGAACAGGAGCCGCUAAUGCGUGGAACUCUGGAUCAACUCAUCGAUGCUCUACGAAAUCGCUCGGGAAAGGCAAACUUCCCCAACCAGGACGGUGUCGUCAAUAUGGCUGCCUGGGCAGUUUUUCAGGUGACAGAUGUUCUUACCCUUUUAGCCUUGGGGCAAAGCUGGGACACUUUGAAGACUGGAGAGUAUCCGGGAUUUAUUAAUGAUCUCUAUGGAACAUUGAAGGAUUCUACGAAGGUUCGCGCCGCGCAUCGGCUGAAGCCCUAUCAUCUCAUCAUCAAGCGCUUCGUUUCAAAUGAUUUCGGGACAGCAUUCCUGGAAUACUUCACUCAGGCCCAAAACGCGUUGACCGCACAACGGGCCGAGAAAGACUCGGAUAAGAAAGACUUUGUCCAGUACGUCACCCAUGGUUUGACGGAUGAGGAGAUGUUUGAGAACCUCAAUAUGUUGGUUGUGGCUGGGCUCGACUCCACAGCUGCCAUUCUCAGUGCGGUCAUAUAUUACAUCACCCAAAAUCCGGACAGCUAUGAAAAAUUGGUCCAUGAGAUCCAUACCACAUUCAAGAGUGAUGCAGAUAUCACCAUUGCGAGUGUGUCGGGGUUGAAAUAUCUCAAGGCUGUGAUAGAUGAGACCAUGCGUCUGCAUCCCAGUGUGCCUGUGGGUCUACCGCGCUUGGUUCCCAAAGGUGGCCGCUUCAUUGACGGGUAUUGGGUCCCUGAAGGUACUUGGGUAUCCGUGGCACAAUAUAGUGCUUAUCGCUCUCCAAAGUACUUCGUCAAGCCCCAUCAGUUCAUUCCUGAACGAUGGACGGAUAGCACGACUUAUGCGACCGACAACCACUUCGUGUUUCGACCUUUCUCAACUGGGACGCGUGGAUGCAUUGGUAAAACCUUCGCGUAUGCCAACAUUCGUAUGGCAUUGGCUCUACUUCUCUGGAAUUUUGAUCUUACAGCACAACCAGGCAAUAUCGACCCAGAUUCACUGAAGGAAUUCGGGCUGUGGGAGCAUCAUCCCGUCUAUGUUCAAGUGAAGGAGCGAGUUUGA